UUGAUCGGCAUCCUAGUACUCGCACGUCUGUCUUGGUGUGUGUUCAAACCCGUAUGUUCACAACAUGUUUCAGGUAUGCCGAAAUAUUGUGUCGAAUUUAUAGCUGAUGUUUCAACAAUAUCCUCAAGAGACGUAUCCGAAUGUUCUGAUAACAACGACAGGUAUCCAAGGCGUAUAGAUUCCGCGGCUCGGAAACUCUGUACAUCUCCAUUACUCAUUAUAAACGAUAAUCACAUUGAGCCUCCUGAAACUGAAUCUCUGAACAUCCAGGGACAGUCGUCGAAUUCUGCAGUUGUUGAAACAGAAGAUAAUUCUAAGCAAUCUGAACCACAAAAUCCUCCACCAUCAAUUCCGGAGUCUCAUGCUCUUUCCAUGGGGAAUGCACCUUGCUGUAUGUCCGACAGACCAGCUCCCUCGUGGAACCAUACAGCAAUAAGACCAAAAUCUGCACAGUAUUUCACACCUGAGGACAUCCCGGUCUAUCGAACCUUUGUGAUUUCUCGAGUGGUUCAAUGCGCUGAUCGACCAGUCCUGGAAAAUGCCGUAAUGUCUAACAACCACAGUUAUCAUGAACUUCCAAUAUCUGGUGGUAAUCCGGAUUCCGUUGUAAACGAUUCUUAUACGAAACACCUUAACAGGCAAAAAACCCCGGCUUUCUCAACUAUGCCUAGAGAAAACCUGGAAAGUACAAAUUUACUCAAGUCAACAUCCGAACUUUCAAUGGACGUUAGUUCAGUUUCCAUACAGCGCCAACCAGAUACUGUUAACUCAAGAAAGCCACCUAUACAUGGCGCGAAUAAAACGACGGAUCCCUGGAAGACUGUACGACUAUCUUCAGAUGGGAUACUAAAGACAGAUGAAGACGGUACCAGUAUGUCGGAAGUUGUUUCCACGACAUCGUCUCGUGACUCAUUGAAAAAACAAAGGCACGAGCAUUACGGUAAAUCCACUAAAACUUGCACAAAAGAUUUACCGACCGAACAACUAAAACGGUUUCCUGAUACAGCUUGGAGUACCCAUAAAAACUGUCUAGAUAGAAAUUUGCCUCUGCUAUUUGACUCUGUAACCUUUGGCGAAAGCAUGUUCCCUUCAGAAGCACAUCAAAAACACCUUAGACGGGAACCAAAUAUAUCAUGUAAUUCUCAUCAUUUACAGAUCGAAGGUGAACAGGAGGACGCUUUAGAUUCAACCCGUAGGACAGAGACAUCAGACCGAAAAGACAUACAUUCUCGAGCUAAAGGUGACUUCAGUCUGCUUUCAGAUAUGACCCUUGAGGAUACCUCAUCCGUUAGCUCACUAGAACAGCCACAGCUUCUGUCGUAUUUCGACUGUUCUGAACAGGAAGAGAAAAUAUUAAAGGGAUUAGAGUCACAUCCAGAAAGGAGUACAAUGCAGCUUUCAACAACAGUGAAACAAAGAAUUGAGGAAGGGGAUAAAGAAGAGCCUGAGAAAAUACUGGACACUGCUCUCAAGGAACAUCAACAACCAAAAGGGAAGCCAGCGGUUAUUAAUGGAUUGCAGCUUCCCAAAGAUCAGCUCCGGAGAGUCAGCCAUUCGGAGCGUAAAGGACAAAUGUUGCACAGUCUGUGUUUGGAGGAAACAUUUCGCGAAGACAGGCAAUCCUGUUCGGACGCAUGUGGUGAUGAACAGCGGGAUAAGAACGGAGGUCGACUGUCCGGCACAUUCAGCACUGGUAAAGAAGAUUCACCUCCGGUUUCUAUAAGGAACUCAGUCAAACCCAGAUGCGCCAGUGAGUCACGUCUUCCAACCCCGAAGUUUCCACCUCCUUCAUCGGCGUAUCGGCCAGUGACUGUUAAGGGGAUAGGAGAUAAACCAUCUGACAUUGACAACGCAUCGAAAGUGGAGUACAUGACUAACAGUCUGACGAAUCAGUGCAACGAAGAGAUGAGAUCAGACAGCAAAUCUUCAGAACCGGUUACACCAACGUCUACUACUAUGCCCAGAGCAAAAUCGAACACCGAAUCUCAAAGUCGAACGAGUCCAGUGAGCCAAAAACCACCACAAACUGGACCAGUGCCAAGUUCUGUAAGACAGUCAAGAAGACCUAAUACUCCAAGUCUGUCAGUCAUGAGCGAUCCUCCGGAAAAGAACGAUAAAGAACCGGUUGGUAAGAAGCGAGAUUCUCAUUCCGUCCAAUCACGACUGAUGCCACUUGAACGACUCCGGUCUACUGUUUCCCCACCACCUUAUUCACGUGUCAGUCCCGACACAAACGUGAAACAAAGCACUAUAGUCGGAGGGGAACAACCGGCACUUUCUUCAAAUUCAAGUUUCGUUACCACCAGUUCCUGUCUAAACCUAACACUAAAACCAGCACCACAGAAGCAACUAGAAAUUCAAUGUAUCGACACAAACACAAGUAGAAUAGACACAAAUGCAAACCGGUCUACCUCAACAACCGGUAAAUUGAAGAAAUCGUUUUUCAUCAAUCCACCAGUUCAAAUUCCGGUUGGUGGUCGUAGACCGUCAGAUGAGAGCGUUGUCUCUGUGCCCCUGCACACAUUUAUCCCUAGCCCAACGUUGAACCAGAAGAAGCCGGUUCGCCGAAAAUUCUACAUCCCCGAAAGUGCAAACAUCGAGGCUAUUCUAGCCGAUCCGGACGAUCGUCGAAUCAAAGCAAUUUGUGAACGAUACAAAUGCGAUGUGGAGAUCUAUUCCAAAUUACCCUGGUGCGGAUUCCUACAAUAUAUUGUUGUCUUGUCUGCUCGUGAUUCUGCUACUCUACGGCGAUGCGCUCGCACCUUGGAUUGUCGACUCAAUUGGUGUCUAAAUGCGCAGUUGCGAUAA